AUGAAGUUCACUGUCUCCGCCGUCCUUGGUCUGGCUGCCUCCGCCACCGCCAUGUCUCUUUCUGAGUCCGUCGCCCUUGGUGGUGCGAAGGACCAGUGCAGCUCUGGCGAUAUCUCCUGCUGUGAUUCCAAGGAGAACCUGUCUGCCGAUGGUAUUCUCGGUAACCUCCUCGCCAAGGGUGCCCUAAACGGCCUCCUCGGCAACGACAAUGCCGCUUGCGCGAAGACCAGCGCACUUGACGAUCUCAAUGUCCUCUCUCAAACCGAGGACACCGACAAUGGCCCCUCCUGCAAGAACAUCGUUGCUUGUUGCCCCGCAGGCACCGGCAAGUGCACUGCCAUCGAUAACGCAUAA